AUGAAAUUCUUAAGAAAAAUAUUCAAAAAACUUAUAAUCCUUGUAAUAGUUAUAAUAGGUCUUUAUUAUAAUACAGGUGUUGAUGCUCAAACACUAAAAACUACAAUUAGUUUCUUGGGCUCUUUUGAAAAUAGCAAAUACAACAAUGAUAGCAAUAUCUCAGGUACCGUUUCUGUAAGCAUGGAGUUACCAUUUGAUGUCAUUACACUUUACAACAUUGGUGGUAUUGUAUAUGACUACUCUAUUAAUAUGACAAAUAUUAAUAGUUCAGACUACUCCCAUUCAGUAUUAAAAGGUCCAUCCACAGAUAUCUAUGAAGAAGAUUAUUUAGGCCAGUUCUCCGUUCCAUUAGGUAUAAAAUAUAAUACUACUACCCCAACUACUUUUAAUGGCAUUGGUAGAGUCAAUAUGACCAAUAAUGAAUUUAGUGAUUCUGUUUGUAACCAAGUUUCAGAAACUUUAAAUAAUCUAUUAAAUGACUCAGCCUCAUACCAGGACUCAUUUAAAGUUAUUUUGUAUUUAAAGAGUGAAAACAUUAGACCAAUGGCCAUUGCUAGUCUCAAAUUUAAUACCAUAACCAUUUCAAAUGACACUGAUAGCAACAGUUCUAGCCAAAACUCUACUCAUUCAAGUAGAGACUCAUCUAGCUCCUCAUCUAACAGUUCUUUAGGAUCCUCUGAUACAAAAAGUAAUAAUACAACAAGUGCCAAUAGUAAUACUGCAGAUGAAUCCUCCUCAAACAAUAACCCAACAACAAAUAUACCAUCAACAGAAUCGCCAAAUGCAACUUUGAACCCUGGAUUGGAAUCAAAUGAAGAUGGAUCCUCGAAAUCAUCAUUUGUAUAUCCAGCAAUAAACCUCGUUGUAUUUAUAAUCAUUGGUGUAGUUUUAUUAAUUUAA